UUUGUUUGACAUUUACAAACAAAACAAUUUUUAGAAAAUGUGAAACGAUACAAUAAAAUAAUUAAAAAUUAAAAGAUAAAAGUAAAUUUUCCGUGUAAACUACGAUGCUAGCUAAAACUAGACAUUUCCUUUAUCUUGCUGUACUUAUUUAAAUUGUAAAUUUGGGAGCCUGUAAUUUCCCCUCGUGUCGUUAAUCACUAUGUCGCUGCUCGAAGAUGUGUUUUUACAAGACGAGGCAAACGAGGCCCAAGAGUUAGAAAGAGUCAUCGAAGGCGACGAAUUCGACGAAAGGCCUCGAUCACGUUCCGACAGUGACAAUAAUAGUGAACGGGAAGAUGAAGCAGAGGAAGAAAAGAAACGAGUUGAUCCUACAUCAACCAAAACAAGACGGGUUAUCAAAAACCCAAGGUUCAUUUUAAACCCUGCUCGACUGACCGGCCCCAGAGGUAUUCAUGUAAUACCAGAACAUUUCAAAGAUUUCAAAUUUAAAGGCAAAGGCCAUGAAAAGGAGGACUUGGACUUGGUUUUAAAGAAGUUAGAGCAUUGGGCCUACAGACUGUAUCCAAAGUUUAAGUUUGAAGAUUGUCUGAAGAAAAUUGAGACAUUGGGCAAGAAAAGACCAGUUAUGGUAAACCUACACAAAAUAAGAACAGAUCAGUUCAUGUCUGAAGAGACAGUGGUUCAAAGAGACUCCAGUGAUGAUGAAGAUAAUGCAGCCACCAAGGAAGUCCCGCCUGAGGAUGAGUUCGAUAAACUCUUGCAACAGCAAAUAGAGUUAGCACGGUCAACUCCAGCACCAGAUUCUGUUAAAAAGGGAAUGGGUACAGCAGUUAAAGAAAACAGAUCAUUGAUGACGCCCAAAGCAAUGUCCUCCCCAUCCAUAAGCAAUGAGCAACGUGAGAGAAUAAUAAAAAGCAGAAAACUUGCGGAAGAGAGGAGACUUGCUAGACUUAAAAAUGCUUCACUUAAUUCAAAUACUACUCAAAGACUUGAUGAUAUUGCAGAAUCUCCAUCUAAGGCCGAUAAUACUCACGAACAAUUAAUUGAUACCAGUAUUAAUUAUGUUAACUCUGAGAAUGAUAAUGUGAAAACACCAUCCAAUGGUGAUAAUAUUUCGACUCAAAAACAUAUAGAUAACAAUGAAAUCGAUAGUGAUAAUACUAAAAAGGUAACUAUUGAAGAAAGUGACAAAGUUACAAAUGGUAAAGUCAAGAAAGUGAGAGCAAACAUCAUAGAUAGUUCUGAUGAAGACGAUAUCGUUUUAAUGAAUGAAUCUAUUAGGGCUGAUGUACAUAAAGAGUGCGAUGGUGAAAAAAACUAUACAAGUGGUGAAACUCAGGUUCCUAGGAAAGUUUAUGCACAAAACAACGACGAUGAUGACGUAAUUUUAGAAAUUGACGAAAAUCAAGAAAAUGAUAUUUUAGAUGUAGAAGAUGGCACUGUUUCAUUAAAUAAGGGCAAAGACUGUGAAAAUGCAACCGUAAAAAAUGUUACAACUGGGCUAAAAAGUAAUUUUGAUGGAAUUGUAGAUCUAGAUGAUAAUUCAAAUGAUCCUUCUAUUGUAAGGGAAAAUGGCUCUCUACUUAUUACAACAACAGCAGAAAAAAACGCAAAUGAUGAUGAAGACGUGACCAUUAAUGAAAAGUCAAGUAAAGAAAUUAUAGGCGGUCAUACAAAUUCCAACGAAAAUCAAAAUGAAACGCGUAACGAUGAAGUGGAAAAGGUGUUAAAAGAUAAAGUAGUAGAAAACAAUGUUGAAGAAUUAAUGGAUGUUGACUUUGAUGAUGAUUUUUAAUAAAAAUGUUUUUUUAUUAUUA